CUGACAGGUGGGUCAUGGCAUGACACUUGCCAACUUUGUAAAGCUGGCCAGAAGGGUGUGCCCCCGAGUCGGACAGGGGCGGGCCGUACAGUUCUUUCUUCUACGAUCAUGCAGCUACGGCAGCCGUAUGUCCUUGUCACGGUAUUUUUCGUCGCUUUCAUAGCCGUAGUAUAUUCACAAAACACUCCACUCUUCCCAGUAGCAUGUGAGCUGAAUGUGCUCAUUGUCCUCGACAGGUCAGAUUCCGUAAAGGGCGGCUUCAACAAAAGUCGAAAGUUCGUGACAGAUGUGUCGGAAGAACUGCAGAUAGGGCCCCAUAAACAUAGGGUGGCCAUGAUCGUUUACUCAGGACUGAACUACCGUAGGGAAAUCUACCCAUGGAAUUUUGCCAAAACUAAUGAGGAGUUUGUUCGGAUCACGAACGAAUUACGAGCAAUUGGUGGAACAACGAACACGAAAAAGGCUCUUGAAGUUGGAAUCCAGUUGUUGAAUCAACGAAACAUCAGCAUUCCAACACUUGUUUUGGUGGUAACCGAUGGAAGGUCUGCAGAUGAUCCGAAGGCACCAGGACAAGAAAUUCAACGCAUGCCGAAUACAUGGGUGUUUGCCGCCGCCACAGGAGACCCCGAAAAAGUCGACAAGCGAGAACUGAUGGAUAUUACUGGCAAUAUCAAUCACAUAGUACUUCAUCGAGGACGUGAACUGGCCACUGACAUUACCAGACGGCUACUCCGCCAAGCACAGGCAAGUCGAUGCGAAAUGGAUUUGGUGCUCGUGCUGGACUUUUCCACUACAACCGAUCCUGUUUAUAGAUUCUACAAAGAACUGUCUCAAAGACUGAUCCGGGCUCUUAGAAUUGGUCCUCACCACACCCAGGUGGCAGUCGUGACAUUUGCAAACGUCGGUCGAACAAGAACCAAAUUCAAUUUGAAGCGAUUCAAAACUCAGGAAGAGGUCCUCAGGGCUAUUGGCGAACUGGAAAGUCGAGGAGGCACGACAGCUAUAGGUGAAGCAAUAAGAGAGGGCGCCAAACAAGCCAACGAAAGGGAAGGAGCAAGGCCAGGCAUCGCUACGAAGGUGAUGGUGAUAUUCACUGAUGGCUGGAGUAACAAGGGACCUGAACCAGAGCAAGCGGCUAAGGAAGCUGUUGCAAUGGGUUACGAAAUCUAUUCUGUAUCUUACACGGGCCACGUUGAAAAUGCAGUGACGAUCAACGACUAUACAUUGGAAGCCAUCGCGAAAGACCUACAGCACAAAUUUACUGACAAGAACUUCGAUGAGUUGAUCAACAGGGUUCGACAACGAAAUCUGAAAUGCUUGUGA